GUCACAGCAACCGUUCCUGGGUGCAAUUUUUUUUCCUUUUUUUUUUUCUCUCCCCCCCCCCCCCCAACACCGCCCCCCUCCAACUUUGCUUUUUUUGUGAAUGAAAAAAGGAGGUCGUGAGCGGUCCCGGGGACUGCGGCGCUCCGCGUCUUAAGGCUGCGCGCGUGCGGCGGCCUCACCCGGCGCCUCGCUCUCUAGCGCGCCGCCGGCAACCUCUGCAGCGCAGCCGGGCGGCGGCGCGGCCCAGCGGCCGGAGGUCGGAGCGGCUGCGCGCAGCCUGGCUCCCCGAGCCUCCAUGACAUUGGGCGCCCAGGGCGCGCGGAGAUGCUGAUCCGGAAGAGGCAGUGGCUGCAGUGCAGCUCCCCAGGCUGCUCACGCGCCGCGGUCCGACCUGGGCUCCUGUGCCAGAGUUUCUUCUGAUCGCACCUGAACUGGGACCCCAGGAGGCUGGAGCUCCAGCACAGAGCAGCAGCGUCGGCGGCGCCCCAACUUGCACGCGCAGAGUGACCCCAGACAUCUUACUAAAAUGAGCGUGCUUAGCAGGAAGAGAUGUGUUCCCUACACUAGAAAUUACCCCGUCACAUGUAGUGGUGUCCCAAUUAAUGGAUUCUGACAUGGAUUAUGAAAGGCCAAACGUAGAGACCAUCAAGUGCGUGGUGGUGGGGGACAACGCUGUGGGCAAGACUAGGCUCAUCUGUGCCCGGGCCUGCAAUGCCACCCUCACCCAGUACCAGCUGCUUGCCACCCAUGUGCCCACAGUGUGGGCCAUUGACCAGUAUCGUGUAUGCCAGGAGGUGCUAGAACGCUCUCGAGAUGUGGUAGAUGAUGUUAGUGUCUCCCUGCGCCUCUGGGACACCUUUGGAGACCACCACAAAGACCGACGUUUUGCUUAUGGAAGAUCUGAUGUGGUGGUUUUGUGCUUCUCCAUUGCCAACCCCAAUUCCCUCCACCAUGUCAAGACCAUGUGGUACCCAGAAAUCAAGCAUUUUUGUCCCAGAGCUCCUGUCAUUCUGGUGGGCUGCCAGCUGGACCUGCGAUAUGCUGACCUGGAAGCCGUUAACAGGGCCAGGAGACCUUUGGCUAGGCCCAUCAAGCCCAAUGAAAUCCUCCCUCCAGAGAAAGGUCGGGAAGUGGCCAAAGAGCUGGGGAUCCCUUACUACGAGACCAGCGUGGUGGCCCAGUUUGGUAUCAAGGACGUCUUUGACAAUGCCAUCCGGGCUGCACUCAUCUCCCGCCGCCACCUGCAGUUCUGGAAAUCUCAUCUGCGCAAUGUGCAGCGGCCUCUACUGCAAGCACCCUUCCUUCCCCCCAAGCCACCACCCCCCAUCAUUGUGGUGCCCGACCCCCCCUCCAGCAGCGAGGAGUGCCCCGCCCACCUCCUGGAAGACCCGCUCUGUGCGGAUGUCAUCCUGGUGCUGCAGGAGCGCGUGCGCAUCUUUGCCCACAAAAUCUACCUCUCCACCUCCUCCUCCAAAUUCUAUGACUUAUUCCUCAUGGACCUGAGUGAGGGGGAGCUGGGGGUCCCCUCAGGGCCAGGGGGCCCCCGCCCAGAGGACCACCGGAGCCACCCUGAGCAACACCAUCAUCAUCACCAUCACCACCAUGGGCGGGACUUCCUGCUUCGGGCAGCCAGCUUUGACGUAUGUGAGAGUGUGGACGAGGCUGGGGGCUCUGGUCCAGCUGGCCUUAGGGCUUCAACCAGUGACGGGAUCUUACGAGGUAAUGGAACAGGGUACCUGCCAGGCAGAGGGCGCGUGCUGUCUUCCUGGAGCCGAGCUUUUGUGAGUAUCCAGGAAGAGAUGGCAGAGGAUCCUUUGACCUUCAAAUCCCGGCUGAUGGUGGUGGUGAAGAUGGAUAACUCCAUUCAGCCCGGACCCUUCCGGGCUGUUCUCAAGUACCUAUACACGGGGGAGCUAGGUGAGAAUGAGCGGGACCUCAUGCAUAUCGCUCACAUUGCCGAGCUGCUAGAGGUCUUUGAUCUACGUAUGAUGGUGGCCAACAUUCUCAACAACGAGGCCUUCAUGAAUCAGGAGAUCACCAAGGCCUUCCACGUACGCCGGACCAACCGGGUUAAGGAGUGUUUGGCAAAGGGCACCUUUUCAGAUGUGACCUUCAUCCUGGAUGAUGGGACCAUCAGCGCCCAUAAGCCUCUGCUGAUUUCCAGCUGUGACUGGAUGGCUGCCAUGUUUGGGGGGCCAUUUGUGGAGAGUUCUACCAGGGAGGUGGUGUUUCCAUACACAAGCAAGAGCUGCAUGAGGGCUGUGUUGGAGUACCUCUACACAGGCAUGUUCACCUCCAGUCCAGACCUGGAUGAUAUGAAGCUCAUCGUCUUGGCUAACCGCCUCUGCCUGCCACACUUGGUUGCCCUCACAGAGCAGUACACAGUGACCGGACUGAUGGAGGCAACCCAGAUGAUGGUGGACAUCGAUGGGGAUGUCCUUGUAUUCCUGGAAUUGGCACAGUUCCACUGCGCAUACCAGUUGGCCGACUGGUGUCUUCACCACAUCUGCACCAACUACAACAACGUGUGCCGCAAGUUCCCCCGAGACAUGAAGGCUAUGUCUCCAGAAAACCAGGAGUACUUUGAGAAGCAUCGGUGGCCGCCAGUCUGGUACCUAAAAGAAGAGGACCACUAUCAGCGUGCGCGGAAGGAGCGAGAGAAAGAGGACUAUUUACACCUGCGGAGGCAGCCUAAACGGCGGUGGCUGUUUUGGAACAGUCCCUCAUCACCAUCCUCCUCAGCAGCGGGCUCGGCGUCCCCAUCUUCUUCCUCCUCAGCUGUGGUCUGAGAUGCUGCCACCUUCUGAUCCCACUGCUGUUGUCAUUAGCCCUUGUCCUUCUGCUCUUCUGUAUCAUCCCCUCUACCCGACAGGUGACGAGGGAAUUCACCUAACCAGAACCCUAAGGGCAGAGCCGUUCUCACCAGCCAAUGUGGCUCAGGCUAAGAGGAGCCAGGCCCUGCAGAUCAGAACAGGGUCCACCUACAAUUCCAGGCAGGGCAGGAAAACAUCUGCCCCAAUGUGGGGAGCAGGAAAGAGCUCAGAGCUCUGAUAUUUUCUCUCUGGACUUGACAAUAGAGUCAAUGGAGGAAAGCUUCCCUGUAUGUGGGCUUUGUCUGUAUUGGUUUCUGCUUUGGCCAGAGAGGCAGCUUCCUCCCCAGGAGCUGGUCAUGUUUUUCCAUUGACAGACUUUUGAGGGUUGCAGGUAUUUUGUGAGCAUCGUCCCAUGGGCUUACUCAAAUCCUUACUUAAGAAGUCAGGCUAGAAAAGAAGUCUUCAGAGCCCACAUCAAGGUUUCUACGCCAUGAGGUGUGAGGUGUGGCUGCUAGGGGGAGAAGGGAUAAACUGCAUCCUUCCAGCAUCCUUUCAGGACUGACUCCAGGCAGUGCAGACUUAGUGGUGGGUAGCAGCGUUGAUUCAAUAUUCAGGUUUGUAGGCAGCACCUCUGUACAAUGUGAGUUUUCUACUUCACCCUUCCUGUACUCGUUAUGUUUGACAUGGAUGGAGGAGGAAGGGUGGGUUCUGUGCUCAGCAAUUUCAUGCUCCUCUAGGGUUUCUUCCCCUGCCUCUGGGUACCACUGCCUUUUAUGAGGUGGGAGCAAAAACAGCCCAACAGGAGAAACCCAAACUCAAAAGUACCACCAAGACCACUCUAUUCUUUGUCUGCCCAAAUGAAUGAAGUUCUAAAAAGCGAGAGCUUGCAAGGUAUACAUUUUCAUAAAGCCAAAUGGAGGCCUCUAUAUUAUGUGGCUAUAAAGGGUCAGUAGUACCAACCACUCCAAUGCCUUUCAGGAGAGGACUUGUACCCUCCAUAUCCGAGGAUGCUGUUCCUUGAGGCUCCAGGGUCGCGAGGAAGGCUUGGGCUUCAGGGCUCAAAUGGCUUUGAACCUUUUCUAUCUUGAUGCAGGAUGCCUUGCUCUCCCAAAGGUGACUCCACAGGAUGUUCAUGGAGCAUGUGCUUUCUUGGGGGUGGGAGGCUUUCAGCAGGGAUCAAAUGUCAGGAAAGGGCACGUUGGAGAACAGGCCACACACAUAGUCAACCUGAUACUGGCUGGGGGUAAAGGGAAGGAGAAAACGGGGGACCUGAGCAGGAAGGAAAAGAUGAGUCUAAAGAGGAAUUGGGGUGACUGGAGGAUUGACAUAAUGCCUGGCAGCCCCCAUGGGACUAACACUGGGCCUCAGUUGACCCUUCCCAUUUCCUAAUUAUGAUCCACACAUCACCACCUUUACCCUUUCUCUAGACUUACGAGGUGAAGUCCCAUUAGGUCAUGAGAGUUCUGGGGUCCCCUCCCCUGAGAAAAUGUUUUAGGUAGGAAAUACUGGCUGAGUCCCCAGGACCUGGAUAGGUUGCUUAGGCUGGGAUUAAAGCAACCCCAGAAACAAAUGCAACCCUACAAUUGUGUGGUACCCAGGAUCUAGCGUUCUGCGUUUGCCUUGUCAGAAGGAAUAGGCAGUAGCAGGUCUCACAGUGCUGAUUUUCUGUAGUCUGAGCCUGGAACCACCAAGCCUGCAGUCGCCUAUUGGUUACACCCUCCAGAAUUGCUGGUUGGAGAAAUGUGUUGUGUGCUGCCCUCUACUGGCUGGUGUACCCUGCUGCUGAAUUCUACAUGGCUUCUAGUGUGGAGAAGCCUGUACCCAUGGAAAAGGCAAACAGCCUCUCACACCUUUCUUGGAGGACAGAGGGGCAUAUAUCUCUUGGGAACUGAAAGCGAUAGGUAGAGGUCUGUCGUAACACGCAAGGGGAAUUGGAUCUCCCAAGUGAUUUACAGGGCCAAGCAGCCUGGGCAUCACUGGUGAUGAGGAUGGACAGGCCAGUGGGAGGAACAUCUGUGGAGUUGGAGGAAGAAACAAGGAGAGUGGUCAAGGAACACCAUGCCCCACCCAGGCCAGUUCACACCUCAGGGACCCACCCCCAACCCCACAGCUGCCAGAGCUGAUGUGCAUCAGGUGGAGCCCUGUGGCCUUGUAUAACCACCCGAGGUGAGUGGGGGACUUUGAGUGAGCCAGGAGAGGGAGGUGCAGCUUACAGUCCCUUAGUACAUGGGUGCUCUGGAUUCCAGGGAGACAGAAGCAGGAGAAACUCCAGUGUGGGACAAGCCUGUGGCAAAUGCCCCCAGGGGUGGGGCAGUGUCCCAAGAACAUGCUCCCCUGGACUAUGUCACAUGUCACUCAGUGUUGUCUUAGAGAAUGGGGGUACACAAACAAACAGACAACCCCCCCCACACACCUUUUUAUAUAAGGUUUCAUAUUUAAUUUGGUCAUGAAUUCAUAAUACAUGAGUAUUUUGUAUCUAA